CUCCCUCUCCCGCCUCUCUCUCUCUCUUUCUCUCUCCCCCUAUUUAUUAUUUACGGAGGAUUACAGUCCCUUUCCCACGCUGCCAUCUCGCCGUGCGGCUCCUCUGCCCUCCGUGCAGGGCGAGCGGCUGGCUAGGAGGGGCUCCUGCCAACUAGGUUUCACUGAGAGCCCAGCCAGCAACGGAGGGACUUUCUGCUGGAUUUGCUUUGGGAUUGUACUGGGUUUGCUGGAAGAGCUGCCGUUCUUACAGGAAGGUCCAUCCCAGCUCGAGAGAGGACCUGGCAGGCAGGCUACAAGGUCAUUCCUCCUCCUUUUGGGGCGGUGUGCCAGGCUGGCUGGUGGAUGUGAAGCCACGCUGGAGAAGACAACAAUGCUGCCUACAACUGCUGGCCACCGGUGGAGGAGCAGGUUCCUCAUGAGGUGGCAAGAGGCUUGUCUGCUUGGCUGUUGGCUGUCGCUAUGUGCUGCCGAGUCCUUCUUUGCUUGCCCUUCCUCCUGCAAGUGCAACAGUGGCAACCUGGAAGUGGACUGUAGUGGCUUGGGCCUCUCUUCCAUCCCCUCAGACAUCCCCACAAACACCAGGACCUUCCUCUUUCUCAACAACAAACUCAGCAUCCUGCCAGGAGCAGUGUUUUCCAACCUCUCUGCCCUACAGAGGCUGGAUCUAUCCAACAACUUCUUGGACCAGCUCCCUCAGAAUAUCUUCAGCGACCUGGGGAACCUCACAGAGCUUCAGCUGAGGAACAACAGCAUCCGGGCCUUGGACAAGGACCUGCUACAACACACGGCCUUGCUGCGCCAGCUGGAUCUCUCCAUCAACGGCCUGGCACAGAUACCCUCAGGCAUCUUUGAUGACCUGCCUGCUCUCCGCUCCCUCUCUCUCAGGUCCAAUCGCCUGCAGAGCCUGGACAGGGUGACCUUCGAGCCGCUAACCAGCCUGCAGCAACUCCAAGUUGGGGAUAACCCCUGGGAAUGCGACUGCAACCUCCGAGACUUCAAGCACUGGAUGGAGUGGUUCUCCUACCGAGGUGGGAAAAUCGACCAGCUGGCAUGUACCCUGCCCAAGGAGCUGAAAGGGAAGGAUAUGCGAAUGGUGCCCAUGGAGAUGUUUAACUACUGCUCCCAGCUGGAUGAUGAGAACAGCUCUACAGUGCUGGACAAUACUGGCCCACCCUGCACUAAAGGAAGCCCAACUCCUUCCAAAUCUAAAUCGGGCCCAGAAACAGAAGUGGAGCCCAGUGUGGGAUGCCCUCAAAAACAGCGAUAUAGGCCUGUGAGCGUGCGCCGGGCUAUUGGCACUGUGAUCAUUGCAGGGGUGGUUUGCGGCAUUGUUUGCAUCAUGAUGGUGGUGGCAGCUGCUUAUGGUUGCAUCUAUGCCUCCCUUAUGGCCAAGUACCACCGGGAGCUGAAGAAGAGGCAGCCGCUCAUGGGUGACACGGAAGGUGAACAUGAAGAGCAAAAACAAAUCUCUUCUGUGGCAUGAAAUUCUUCUAGGAAGGAAGGGACAGCAAUGAACAAAGGUACCUGAGAGCAGUCAAGCAUGGGGUCCUCCCAAAAUACAUCUUCCCAGACAGACAGACAGACAGACUGUGCUAUUGCUCCACUCACCCAAGUAGUGCAACAUGCUUCUGGGGGGUCAGGGCACCUGGCUCAAUUUCUGUUCCUCUGCCCCAGGCCCGUUUUGUGCCCUUUGACCCUUGGGCCCUCCCAGACAAAUAAAGUAGAGUCAGACCUCGA